AUGUCUAUAUUUCGUCAAUUAAAUGCGUAUGAAAGCAUAUGUGCAUAUAUGAAUGUAUCAUUUUACCUUAAAUUGGACAGUGAUCAAAUCACUGAUAAUCGUUUAUGUCAAGCAUUCAAAUUAUUAGGAGAACAUCAUCCCUAUUUUCGAAUGAGAAUUGAUCAAGGUAAAGAUGGCAAACUCGUAUUUAUCGAAAAUGAAAAUCAGGAUGUGCAACUGAUAUCUACUAAUACAUUAGCAGAAGAUUGGAAAACACAGCUAACCGAAUGGGCAAAUGAACCCCGCGAUCAUUCAAAAUCUAUCGUGUAUUUGAAACAUUGUUUCAAUGAUCGUACUCAUCAAUUAUUUGGUGUUGUUAAUCAUUGUGGUGUUGAUGGACCAGGAUUAUUUACAGCAAUAAAUAAUUUCUUAGACUACCUCGGACAAUUAACUGAAAAUGACGUUGAACAUGUUAAAGUUAAAGAAAAACGCCAGUUUUACGAUAUUCUUUCUCGUAAACCCAUGAAUGAUCUAGAUAAUUCGUCUGAUUUAACACACGAUUGUCUUCCAUCACAACCAGUGGAUAAUGAUGAUGACAAAAUUGACAUGAAUGAUUUAAAAAUAAAUGGAGUCUACGAUAAAUUUGAUAAAACAUGGACCGAUAAUUUAUCAAAAAAUUGCCAUGAUAAUGGCACAACCGUACAAAGUAUUUUAUCUGUUGCUGGUAUGUUAACAACAAUAUGGAUAAGGAAGCCGAGACCACUUCUUCCCGUAUGGAUCCUCAACUGGUGUCCAGCAAAUAUGAGAGAAUUCACACAAUUAGAUCAAAAUGAUAUUGUUUGUGGAUCCGCUGCAUUAGCAUGGGAACAAGAAGUUCGCUAUGAUCAAACAUUAUGGCAAUUAGCUCAUGAAACAUAUGAUCAAAUUUGUGAUAAACGUCACCGUCAAGUUGGUUUUGCCUUUUGGAAUUCUAUUCUUCAAUCAAAACCAAUUAAACCAAAUACAUUAAUGACAUCAUCAAUCGGAAAAUUAAACAUUCAUGAACAAUAUGGGCAAAUAAAAUUAUGUGAUAUGAGAUUUAUUGGAGCUGUGUAUGAUAAUGUUACACCAUCAAAGAGUGCACAUAUGACACAUGUUUUUACGGCCAAUGGUGAAUUGACAAUGGUUAAUUCAUACACUUAUCCAGCACUCGGUUAUCGAUGGGCAAGUAAAUUUCAAUAUUCAAUGAAAACAAUAUUAGAACGAUUUCAAAUGAAUAAAGAAUCAAAUGAAACAGUUGAACAAUUAUUUCAUAUGUUAGAUCAAUGUGUGAUUGAUUAA